AUGAAAGAUUGUGCACAAGGAGAUACUCAUGUUGCCAAAGGAGACAAGUGUAGUCUCAACCAAUGCCCCAGAAAUGAAAUUGAAAGAAAAGAGAUGCAAAAGAUUCCUUAUUCUUCGGUUGUUGGGAGUCGUAUGUAUGCUCAAGUAUGUACGCGUCCAUAUUUGGCGUACAUAGUGGGUAUGUUGGGAAGAUACUUAAGUGACCCCGACAUGGAUCAUUGGAAAGCAGCCAAACGAGUUAUGAGGUAUUUACAAAGAACAAAGGAUUACAUGCUCACCUAUCGUAAGUCAGAAAAUUUGGAGAUCAUUGGGUAUUCUGACUCCGAUCUUGCGAGUUGCCAAGAUACUAAAAGAUCCACUUCUGGCUAUAUGUACAUGUUUUCAGGAGGAGUUAUAUCCUGGAGAAGUGCUAAGCAGUCACUCAUAGCUUCUUCCACCAUGGUAGCAGAGUUCAUAGCUUGUUAUGAGGCAACAAAUCAUGCAACAUGGCUGCGGAAUUUUGUCAUUGGGCUGCGAGUUGUGGAUGGAAUUGAAAGACCACUAAAGAUUUAUUGUGACAAUCUAUCAGAAGUUCUAUAUUCGAAUAACUAUAGAAGCUCUUCAAAGUCUAAACACAUAGACAUUAAGUUUCUAGUUGUUAAAGAGAGAGUUCAGAGUAAGAUAGUGUAUAUUGAACAUAUAGGAACAAACUUAAUGAUAGCGGACCCACUAACCAAAGGUUUGACACCCAAGGUCUUUCACGGGCAUACUGCUCACAUGGGUGUUGUCUUAUUUGAUGAUAUGUAG